CAUGUGCUACAUUAGCCCUGAGCGCACAGGCCAUGGAUUACGUGACAUAGAUGCGCCCAUGGAGGUGUACAGUUAUGGAAUAAUAAUGUGGGAAAUUGCCACUGGACUCCGACCAUACGAAGGGAAAGAUUCCGAGGAAAUUAAGGAAUUUGUUAGGCAGGAGAAAAAAUUACCCUUUCCUUCAACAGUGACAAAUGAGGGACUUAAAGAACUGAUUGAUAAAUGCCGGAGCUUUCGCCCUCUGGAUCGACCGACAUCUAGUGAGAUGGUGGACACCCUUCAAGGCUUGAGAAGUGCCAUUGAAAAAUCCAGUGGUGUACCAUGGCAGUAAGGUGACUAGCCUGAACCUCUGACGUCACACUUUGAGACUCUAGAUUUCAUCAGAGAUCUGCAUUGAGCCUACAUUAAUCCCUUUCUAUAUAAGCACUUAUUGACCUAUCAUUCGUUUUACAUUACGAUCUGAGUCAAAUCCUAUGUGUACAUGUAAUGUAGUCAAUCAAACAAAUAUACGCUGCUGCAUGCAAACGACCGAAAGUGAAGCUGCCAAACAGUACCUCGGACCAAUCAAAACACCUGGAAAGCUAUGUACGGCACUGCACGUCUAUCCAAUGAAAUUAUUGUAUCUGUAGAAGGCAUUGAAUCCCAUGACAUCACUGGUACUGUAAAACCAAUACCUGUCUUACGGAUGGACCAGUCUAUAAGGUGACCUGCAAGCUUGUACAGGCAGUUUAACAGUGCAUGUAGUGUGACAUCAGUGUUACUUUUGGUUAUAUGUCAGUAUCAGUGAUGUAGGUCCCAAAAUCGUUCUCAGUCUUGGACUUGGUUCACUGGUAAUGACCCCCCAAAAAAAUUAAACUAUUUUAAUUCAAAAUCCUACUCUUAAAAUAGUUGCAAUAAAACUUGGAAAAUAUUAUAGCAGCUUUCGAUAUAAAAAAUGCAUAAGCCUGAGUAUUAUAACGUCGAGACUAAACCGGCUCUUUUUAGAGCCAACAUUCACCAAGUUGGAGAUUUACACAUGGUUGUACCCGCAUUUAUAGUAUCUUCUAAUUAUUAGAGACUUACACAUGGUUGUACCCGCAUUUAUAGUAUCUUCUAAUUAUUAGAGACUUACACAUGGUUGUACCCGCAUUUAUAGUUUCUUCUAAUUAUUAGAGACUUACACAUGGUUGUACCCGCAUUUAUAGUUUCUUCUAAUUAUUAGAGACUUACACAUGGUUGUACCCGCAUUUAUAGUAUCUUCUAAUUAUUAGAGACUUACACAUGGUUGUACCCGCAUUUAUAGUUUCUUCUAAUUAUUAGAGACUUACACAUGGUUGUACCCGCA